AUGAUUUUGUUCCUUCUUCUCGCUUUGAUCCUUAACGAGAGGGAUUUCUACGCUAUUCUGGGGGUCUCGAAGACAGCAACUGCUGCUGAACUUAAGAAGGCCUACCACAAACAGUCAGUAGCAAAGCAUCCUGACAGAUGUAAAGAGUCAGAGCGGGCAGCCUGUACAAAGACUUUCCAGGACAUCACGCGGGCAUAUGAGGUUCUGUCGAGCGAUGAGAAGCGGAAAAUAUACGACAAAGGCGGUGAAAAGGCCCUUACAGAGCAUGAAAGCAAUAAUAAUCCUAACCAACAACAAGCCAUGUUUAACAAUUGGCACGGUGGACAGCAGCCAAAGGGGCAAUCGACAGUUGUAGAGCUGAGCUUAAGCCUAGAGACUCUGUUUUCUGGGAAGACGCAGAAUCAGAAAAUCACUCACAAGAUCAAAUGCCCACAUUGUCACGGGACAGGGGCAGACUCGGAUGCAGACUAUCCCAUAUGCGACAGGUGUAACGGAAGAGGGUAUACGAUAGAACGCCAUGAUCUAGGAAAUGGGUAUUAUCAGCAGUAUCAACAUAACUGUUGGAAGUGUGGCGGUGAGGGUCGCAUAAUACAGAAGAGCUGCCACGUUUGCCAUGCAGCAACAAUUAAAAGCGCAGAAGACUUCGUUUUCCUGGAGAUACCCGCAGGGGCCCCGAAUGGGCAUCAGCUCGUCUUCGAGGGCAUGGGAGACCAAGGGCUCGACUUUCGCUACCUUCCAGGAGACCUCAUUUAUGUUAUUCGCGAAAGAAAACAUCCUAAAUUUACACGAGAAGGAAAUAAUUUAAAGUACAAGUUGGUCAUCAAUUUAUAUGAGGCCUUCUUCGGAUUCUCUAAAAGGAUUAUCCACCUAGACGACCGCGCAAUAGAAGUGAAGAAAGAUAAUAUAACACAGCCCGGGGAAGUGAUCAAGAUGGUAGGGGAAGGGAUGCCUAUCAUGGGUGAUCGCCUAGGUAGACGCGGAGAUCUCUUGAUAGAGGUCCAGGUGCUUCUACCUCCUCUCGAUAAUCUUAAGGGAUCUUCUAGGGAGGAUCUUCGGGAGCUCCUUAGUAGGCUUGUCAGUAAAUAG